GUAUAAUUUAUAUUUAGGAUAAUCUAAAUAUACAUAUUAUCUAACCAUGUGAAUAAUUUGUAACUUUAUUAGAGAAAUAAAAAUGUGACUCGAAUAAAACUUUUGUUAUACAAAUUUGUAUUCAAUGAUAUGUUUUUGCAACACAAUGAUCUGCUUUAUCGAAUUCAUGAUGAAUAAAGAAAGGAAUGAAUAAUAAGCACAGUAACAGUAUGCGACUCUCAGUUUAGUGAGUGCAUCUUGUCAAAACAGUCAGUAAUAUCAUGGGAGCCAAGAUGCACAAGUUUUACUUUAUUAUGAUUUUAUUGAUUUUAUUACCACUAACUCUUGGUCAUUUUGGCUAUAAAAAACGAGAUCAACACACAUGGGCACAACGAUUCAAGUUAUGCGCUGGAAAAUUGCAGUCUCCUAUAGCAUUGUCAUCUUCUAAAUCUAUCCCGCUUGCUUUACCUGCUUUGGAAAUGAUUGGAUAUCACGAUUUGCUUCCAUUUCCUGUUACAGUAGAAAAUAAUGGCCACUCUGUUACUUUAAGUAUUAACCAUAGUAUAUCAAGAAACCAGUCAGAAAUACCUUAUAUUUUUGGAGCUAUAUUGAAGAAAGGCCAAAUUUAUGAAAUGGAAAGUUUACAUUUUCAUUGGGGUGCAAAAAAUAAUAAAGGAUCUGAGCAUACAUUCAAUAAUAUUAGAUUCCCAAUGGAAAUGCAUAUAAUUCACAGAAAUGCAGCUUAUUCUAAUUUUUCUCAUGCCCUGAAUUAUCAUGAUGGACUUAGUGUAUUAGGAAUAUUUUUUCAAUUACAGGAACAAGACAACGAAAAUCUCAAACCCAUAUUGAAUAUCUUAAACGAUGUAAAAUGGGUGAACAAAAAAACACAUAUGAACGGUUCAAUUACUCUGUCUUCUUUAAUGCCAACAAAUACAGAUACUUUUUAUACUUAUAAGGGAUCGUUGACGGUACCACCAUGUAGCGAAACAGUAACAUGGAUUAUUUUUUCAACACCAGUAAAAAUUUCAUAUCAGCAGAUGAACAAAUUUAGGAUAUUAUCAAAUGGAGAAGACAGACUUGCAGAUAAUUAUAGACAAUUACAAAAUAUUGAAAUGAGAAAAGUAUUUGUUAGACGGCUUGACCCGAUUUCUAUAUUGAAGUACAAUAUAUCCAACAUUGACUUCACAAAUUCUGAUUUCUGGUUUUGGCAUUAAGCAAUGUUAUUAUUAUUAUUAUUAUUAUUAUUAUUACAAGUGUAACUUGUAGCAAUUAAAAUAAUUUAUUAGCACUUAUAAAAUGUUAGC